GGUCCAAUCCCCAUGAUCCAGGUCCAGGUCUAGUCCAGUCCAGUCCAGCGCAUCGCAGCCUGCUUCCUGAUGCUGGUACCCGUCUAUAGCUGCUCCUCUCUCGGGCUGGCGCCCUCCAGCGGUAGACGUAGUCACCUACAGCUGAACACAGCAUCCUCCUCAGCUGUCACAUCUAUCACAUGAAAACGCCUGCUCUCUUAUUUAUCAGUGCAGAUCAAAUAUCCCUAUGCGUUCUUAACAUAAGCAGGGAUACAUAUUGUUAAUAAAUGUUCAAAGAGCAAUGGGUCGUUGUUACUAACAUCACAUUCAGCUGUGUGUUUGCUGUCUUGAACACACCCCGCUGAGUACCUCGAUAUUGUUCAAGGGGAAUAAUGGCUGCACAGGAGCCGUCUCCACCAUCUUCCCUGGAAGGAAACAAACCGGGCUUCCCAAAGAAAAUACUGGCCAACAACCUGGAAGACAAGCAUCUGUGCAAUUCGUGCCAGAAAGUGUUGAGGAGGCCCUUGCAAGCUCAGUGCGGUCACCGUUUUUGUUCCUUCUGUUUCAACAAAAUUGUGAGUUCUGGACCGCAGAAAUGCAGCGCUUGCAUCAAAGAAGACUUGUUUGAGGAACCCACCUCCAUUCUCAAGCAGGGCGGUGCUUUCCCUGACAAUGCAGCUCGGAGAGAGGUGGAGGCCUUGGCAGCCGUCUGUCCCAAUGAAGGAUGCACGUGGACGGGAACUAUCAAAGAAUUUGAGGCGAACCAUGAGGGCAACUGUGACUUCAUGAUCAUCCUGUGUCCCUCCUGCAAAGAGCUGAUGAGAGCCAACGAACAGGAGCGCCACAACGAGAGAGAGUGUCCAGAGAGGACGCUCAACUGCAAAUACUGCAAAGAACCCUUCCUGUUAAAGAACAUCAAGGCUCAUGAUGAAAUCUGUCCAAAGUACCCGAUGAUUUGUGAAGGUUGUGCAAAGAAAAAGAUCCCCAGAGAAAAGUAUGUGGACCAUAUUAAGUUCUGCGGUAAAUUUAAAGCACCAUGCAGAUUUCAUGUUGUUGGCUGCGAUACGUCUGUGGAGAAAGAGAAGAUCCAUGACCAUGAGCGGCAGUGUUCGUACGAACACCUCAACCUGCUCCUGCAUUUCAUCAUGGGCAUCAAGGUGAGCCUGGAGAGCCUGCAGCCCCAGAGCCUGGAGGUGGCCAGCCACAAGCUGCAAGAGCUCCACCAGUCCUUGAGGGACCUGGAGCAGAAGAUGAGCCAGCUGGGUGGUGGGGGUGGGGGUGGUGCGGCAGCUUCCGUGCAGGGUGCGUGCGCCCCGACCCUGGUCACGUCCUUCACCCCGCUGCCCAGCGCCGUGGGCGCCGCCCUGGAGCUGCAGCUCCAGAGCGAAAAGACCAAGGUGGCUGAGCUGAGCCGACGCUGCCAGGAGCUGGAGCUCAAAGUGAGCACGUUCGAGAACAUCGUCUGCGUCCUCAACCGAGAGAUGGAGCGCUCCUGCACCACCAUGGAGGCCUAUAAUCGCCAACACCGACUGGACCAGGACAAGAUUGAGAUCCUCAACAACAAGGUUCGUCAGCUUGAGAGGACGGUGAGUCUGAGGGACCUGUCCAUCGUGGAGAUGGAGGGGAAAAUGAGGGAGAUGUCUGCGGCCACAUACGACGGCAUCUUUGUCUGGAAGAUCUCGGAUUUCACCAAGAAGAGGCAGGAUGCCGUGGCUGGCCGCGCCCCUGCGAUGUUCUCUCCUGCCUUUUAUACCAGUAAAUACGGCUACAAGAUGUGCCUGCGGAUCUACCUGAAUGGCGACGGGACGGGCCGCGGCACCCACCUGUCUCUGUUCUUUGUGGUGAUGAGAGGACACAGCGACGCACUGCUCAAGUGGCCUUUUAAUCAGAAGGUCACCCUGAUGCUGCUCGACCAGAACAACAGGGAGCACAUCAUCGACGCCUUCCGGCCCGACAUCUCCUCCUCGUCCUUCCAGAGGCCCGUCAGCGAUAUGAACAUCGCCAGCGGCUGCCCGCUCUUCUGUCCACUCUCCAAGCUGGACUCUAAGAACUCCUACAUACGCGACGACACCAUCUUCAUCAAGGCCAUUGUAGACCUCACUGGGCUCUAGGUAACGGAUGAGGGCAUAAAUCCAACUCUGCCUUUUGUUGCUACUAACCUGUUUGAAUCAACAGGUGUUUGUAUCACCAGUAACUGGCAUUUGUCUUUUGGCAUUGGUCUGUCUAGUUCUUUUGGUUUUGGAUUGUUGGCGGCAAUACACAAGACCAGAGCAGAGCUUUUCUUUCGGCCAGUGGCUGUUGGUUAUUCAAGUCUUUGUAAGCCGCUGUAACUAGUUUACCAAUCAAACUGAGUUUUUAUUUGACAAAAACUUUGAUUACCUACCAAAGUGACUGGAGGACUGAACACAACAUAUAUGCCAGUAUUUACCUGGUGACAGGUGUUAAUUUCCCCACCCUGCAGAAGACCCUCAAACGGUAUUUGAGCUGAUAGAAGCAUUCCAAGACUUGAGUAGGAUAUUACGCUUGUGAAAGUAGACAACUAAGAUUACAUUAACCAUGUUUCCAUUCAACUGUCAAGCGAAUUUUAAGAGAAAUAUACAAAUGUUGCAAAAAAUAAAUGCAAAUUAGGCACGUUUCCAUCAACUGGUUUGGAGCAAAUAAACUAGACUGCGUAGUUUCAACAAAAGUUGGUGGUAUAGGCUAUGCAUGGCUGAAGAAGAAGUAGAGGUUGUGAACCAGAAACAAAACAAGUCACCUUGGUUAUCUAACCAUCCACGAGAGAAAAAAGGGAAUUUGUUUCAAUAGUUCUUUCACGUCAGCUAGUAUUGUUUCAUGCUGUCAAGAAAGACAAUAUAAAUAUAUAUCUAGGAAGACACAGACAGCAGAAACAGUUGAUCAGUCAUGUGAGUUUAUUCAGUAAAGGCGUUUCCAUAUCCCAUUUAGCGCAUCAACUCGUUUUCAAAGGCAAAAACCACCUCAAGCGAGUGUAAAAACUUUUCACGCAAUUGAGGUUUUAAUCGUAUUUUGCCGUUUCCAUACAGCUUUCCCUAAUGUGAUACUUCAAAAUGCGCAUAAAUAUACGUGAAUGGAAACAUGGCUAUUGUCUCUAAUCUCCAGUGAUCAUCCUAUGGCUUCUUGUACCAUAGAUGAGGAUUUUUACAUGGGUUUUAUGUCCAAUCACAUUCACACAUUGUUGUUUCCUUCUGCAAGUAAAUAAGGUCCUCAAAAAAACAGUUAUUGCUGCUAGCUGCUAGCUAUGUUCAAAAAUAAUUGGGCCUUAACUAGUAGCUAUCAUAACUACCAUAACUCGAGACAAGCUAAAAAUGACACGUUUAACGUAUUACGGCCCUGAGAAGUUGAUUUGGCUAACAUGUUAGCAAACUAUUCCUUAUUUGCACAUCCAGCCGACACAGAGUAACAUUAGCAUUCAUUAGGGGUCGUGUCUCUGGAAACCUGACGAAUUAAAGUCCAAUAUAAUCUCCUUUUAGUUCUGUUUUGGUCUCCACCAACUCCUGAGGGAAAUAUCUGGCUCUUUAGCUUACUAGAUGCUUUAGUAUGUUCACCAGCUAGUCUCUAAUUUGAUCUGUCUGCAGGUCGUGUAACGUGGGCUUAUCGGAGCUUUUUCACUAGAAACCUGGAUGAGAACAGCGAACCCAAACAGUAAAAUGAAAACGAUGAGCUAAAAGAUGCUAAAGUGCAUAUAGAGCUGCAGAAUUGGGGUUAUAAUUCUCUCAAGGUGUGGGUGACCCCUCUCAUACUACAUGUAGUCAUCUGGCCCGCUGUUAACAUACAAAUAUUGAUAGUGCAGCUGUUAAACUACAAAGUGCUUGUGAUGCAAACAGUAUUUUUGUUAUCUGAUUUUCACCUGGGUUUUUUGUAUUGUAUUUUUGUAUUGUUAAAGUUUGAAAUUUCAAACGCCAAUAAAUUUCCAGAUUUUGUUUUUAAAAUGAAAAUAAUGAGCCUUCAGAGCAGCGACACACCGUCGCUAUGUAGAUUAAACCGCCUACAAACACAGCGCUAGAUCAAGCAGGUCUAGGCGUUUGUGCUCACCGUUUGCGUUUACUGCUUGACAUUUGGUUAACUAAUCUUUUUUUUUGUGUCUUUUGCAUUUACAACGUGGAGUUCCAAUAACAGUGUGAGACGCCCGUGUAGCCUUCAGAGUGUCGCUCAGCUCUGCACACAGUGUGUGGUGCAGUUGGACUCGUUUACUGUUUCUUAACGUCUAUGCCUCCAACUCUCAAGUCCUGUGUUCAAUGGUAAUCAUUUGUGGUGGUGGACAUUGCUUGAAUUCCAUGAAUUCUGAGUGCAGUAUCUCAGCGUGUGUAUGUAUGUGUGUGUGUGUGUGUGUGUGUGUGUGUGUAUGUAUGUGUGUAUGUAUGUGUGUAUGUAUGUAUGUGUGUAUGUGUGUGUAUGUAUGUAUGUGUGUAUGUGUGUGUAUGUGUGUGUGUUUGUUCCAUUUCUUCGCUGUUCGUUUGCAUGUUGGCUCUGUGGAAGAUGCACCUUAGCUUACAACAGUUUCUGGGCUGUUUGUCCGGGACGGCGAUUGGUUAGUCGAGCUGAUUUUCCCCAAAUGGAAAUAUGACAUAUUUUAUGAAAAAUAAAACGUAUAUUUGCAUACAAGGUCUGAUAGAUCCAAUAAAUAUCUUUUUGAUAUUAAACUUUGGCUUUUUUUCAAUAUUUGUUGUCUGCAUAUUUACACUUUCUUUGACCCAUUUUUACCAAGGAUGUAAUCCAUUUUCAUUGUAGCAGUUUAUAAUAUUUAAUAACAUGCAUAUGUACAAAUAUUGUGAAAUGGCCAAAAUGGAAUAUUGAAUAUACCUGUGCAGUGAUUUUGCACCUACAUGAGAGGUAUAUCAAAAAUAUGUCCACUGCUGUGUCUUCACAAAGGAUCCAUUGUUCUCUGCAGUUUGUGCUAAGGAGUGUGGUGCUCUCCAAACAUAUUCAUAAUUGUGCAAACAUUUUUAUGCCCCAAUAGUAAGAGUUGAUAAUUUUGUUCAAGACCUGGUAUUUUGUCAUCCUGGGGUCCGAGCUGUUGGAUGGAGACUGAAUGUGCUGGGCUGCAAAAUCAAAACACUGCAGCGAGUGGCAAUUUUUUUUUACAAUUAAACCAUUGUAAGUGUUUCCAUGGGUUUCUCCUCACAAGAACCUUUUGUUACAGUUCCCGAUUAUUCAUGUUUUUGUUGUGACAUGCACUGAAAUCACUGCAUGAAUCACAAACAGUCAUUUCAAAUUGGAGAGACAUAUUCAAAUACAUUCUAAGUGAUGAAUACACCUCCUGCUAAGUGACCAACCUGCAUUUCAGCUUUGACAUUUGAAUAUAAGUGCAUAAUUAUAAUUUCUUAGCUGUGCGUGGAUAUUUAACUUGUAAUAUUACUAAAUGCAGAAAGGGGAUGUUGAACCCUCUGUGAAGACACCGAGUUAUAUUUCCAUAUGGGUGUAGCCUCUGGCCGCGCUUAGACACGCAGACAUGUGGAGGCUGGAGCUGGGAUGUGAAGGCCUCAGGAUGGAGGCAGAGCUGAGGUAUUAAAAGAGGAAAUGGUUGAUAUUAUUGUAAUAUUUUCCUAUUUUUGGCUUUCCUUACAGCUUUGAACUGACCUACUUUUUACAGAAAAAGAAGUGCCUGUACCUUUUUUUAUGUUCCAUGAGCCCACUUAGUUGUGGAUGUGCUUUCCUGUGAGUUCAAACCUACCAAAAUGUGAAAC